AUGGCUGGCGUUCUGAUGUGUUUAACCUCUCUCAUGAUGUGCUGCAAUCUGAGCACAGAUUCAUCUCCGCUGAUUCCCGAGAGCUUGAUUAUAUCUUCAUUCCAAGAGAGUCUUCAGAUGGUCAAUGCCGCACUGAAUCGAACCGCACAAGGCAGGUUAGAUCCUCAGACGCCCCCUUCACAGAUGUACAGACUCUCCAGACAGGGAUCAUCAGAAACACAACACAUCUGCCGAUCAGCCGAGGUCUUUCACAUGACUUUAGGGCUUUUAAGGGAGAAGGCGAGCAGGAGACAGAGAAGAUCACUGGCUGUGUCAGAACUCCUUUCGGUGAAGGCAGUGGAGUGGAUAGCGAACCUGUCUGGAUGCCCUCAGCGUUUUCAGCCCAGCACCUGCGCCACACGGGGAAAAUACCGCAGCAUCUCUGGAGUCUGCAAUAACAGGAAGAACCCGCUUUGGGGAUCAGCCAACACCGGCUUGUCCAGAUGGAUCCCUGCAGAGUACGAGGACGGAGAAAACCAACCCAAAGGCUGGAACGCUGGACGCCAAUACAGUGGCUUCCCACUUCCUCUGGUUCGAGAAGUCAGUAAUAAAAUCAUGCGUGGCUCCAGCGUGCUCGUCCUGGAGGAUAAGGUUUAUUCCCAGAUGCUGGUGGACUGGGGCCAAUACAUCGACCAUGAUAUCUCCUUCACACCUCAGAGCUCCAGCCAAACAGCGUUCUCUGAGGGACUGGACUGUCUGAACACCUGCACCAAUGCCAACCCCUGCUUCCCCAUACAGAUUCCCAAGGAUGAUAAACUGUCCAGGAAUAAAAGCUGUCUCCCGUUCUUCCGCUCUUCACCGGCCUGUCUGACCAGCGUCCAGAGCCAGCGAGAGCAGAUGAACUCAGUCUCGUCCUUCAUCGACGCUUCAACCGUGUACGGGCAUUCAGCAGAGCUGGAGAAAACGCUCCGAAACCUCUCCGGCUCCGAGGGCCUGCUGGCUGUCAAUGUUAAACACACGGACGAGGGCCGGUCGUUCCUGCCCUUCGUCUCUGAGCGGUCCGCGUGCCUCCAGGGUCCCGGGUCGGAGCGGGUCGAGUGUUUCGCGGCGGGUGACAGCAGGGUGAACGAGAUCCUGCCCCUGUCUGUCCUGCACACGCUCUGGGUGAGAGAACACAACCGGCUGGCCCGACACCUGACACGACUCAACCCUCACUGGGGGUCAGAGGUCAUCUACCAGGAGACACGCAGGAUCAUUGGGGCGCUGCAUCAGAUCAUAACCAUGAGAGAUUACGUUCCAAAAAUCAUUGGCCAGGCAGCUUUCGAUGAGUAUAUCGGACCGUACGAGGGUUAUAACGACUCGGUGAAUCCUUCGGUGUCAAACGUGUUCGCCACGGCUGCGUUCCGCUUCGGUCAUGUGACCAUCUCACCUGUGCUCACGAGACUCAACCGGAGCUUCCAGGAACACGAGCGCUUCCCUUCUCUGAGUCUUCACCAGACCUUCUUCAGCCCGUGGAGACUCGUACAACAAGGUGGACUGGAUCCGGUUCUGCGAGGUCUUCUGGGACGUCCAGCUGUCCUGCAGAACCAGGAGCAUCUCAUGACCGAAGAACUGACGGAGAGACUCGUGGUCCUCAACAUCCCGGAGUCUGUGGAUCUGGCGGCUCUGAACCUGCAGCGAGGACGAGAUCACGGCUUACCAGGUUACAAUGAAUGGAGGGUUUUCUGUGGCUUAGACAGAGUUGAAAGCCGAUCAGAUCUCGCAGAGGUGGUCGGAAGUGAUGUUUUGGCAGAGAGAGUAAUGGAUGUGUAUGGACAUCCGGACAGCAUGGACGUGUGGCUGGGAGGAGUUCUGGAACGACCGGUGUCUGGAGCCCGGACUGGAGAACUCUUCACAUGCUUGAUCGGGAAACAGAUGAAGACGCUGAGGGAAGGAGACCGAUUCUGGUGGGAACAUCCCGGUGUGUUUUCCCCAAAACAAAGACAGGAACUCCAAAGGCACUCUCUGUCUCGUGUCAUCUGUGACAACAGUGGCGUGACGGAGGUUCCUCCUGAUCCGUUCAGAGUCGAAACUUACCCCGAGGACUUUCUCUCCUGCGGGAACAUCCCGUCAUUGGAUCUGGAGGAAUGGAAAGAACAGCCGGAUGACGGUUCGUAUGGGACGGUUUUUAAUUUACGGACACAAAUCCUGCUUUUCCAGCUUUCUUUAGAUUGA